UCUAUCCCCCCUUUACUAUGUGGACACUGUCGGUGUCUAUGGUCUAGACUCUAGACCUAUCUAAACCUCCUGAUUAUGGUAUGGACCCCCUGAUAUGGUCUAGACCCCCUGACUAUUGUCUUGACUCCGUGGUCUAUACUCCGUAGUCCAUACUCCGCUGUCUAGACUCCGCGGUCCCGACUCCGUAGGGGUAGACUCCGUGUUCCAGGUCCUGAUGAGGUCUCACUGUGGUCCCCAGGACUGAGCACCAUGGCAACAUCAGGGGGUCUGUGCUUCAGGGACAUCACCGCCCUGGCCCCGAUGGUGCGGGUCGGCACUCUGCCGAUGAGACUGCUGGCGCUGGACUACGGAGCGGACAUCGUGUACUGUGAGGAGCUGAUCGAUAUCAAGAUGGUGACAUGUGAGCGGGUGUUGAACGAGGAGCUGGACACGGUGGACUUCGUGGCCCCCGAUGAGAGGGUGAUGUUCAGGACCUGUGAGAGAGAGAGAGACCGGGUGGUCUUCCAGAUGGGCACUGCGGACCCGGACCGCGCCCUGGCUGUGGCCCUGCUGGUGGAGAAGGACGUGGCGGCCAUCGACGUCAACAUGGGCUGUCCCAAGGAGUACUCCACCAAGGGAGGGAUGGGAGCUGCUCUCCUCUCAGAUCCUGACAAGAUCGAAGCGAUCCUCACCAAGCUGGUCCAGGGCCUCAGCAAACCCGUCACCUGCAAGAUUAGGAUCCUCCCCUCAAUGGAGGACACUGUGCGUCUGGUCCAGAGGAUCGAGAGGACGGGCGUGGCGGCCAUCGCAGUCCACGGCAGGACGCGGGAGGAGCGGCCCAAGCACCCGCUGCACUGUGACUUCCUGAAGGCGGUGUCCGGGGCCGUGGGCGUGCCCGUCAUCGCCAACGGCGGCUCCCUGGACAUGGUGAAGUCGUUCGAGGAUGUGGCGGCGUUCCGCAGCGCCACGGGGGCGGCGGCCGUGAUGCUGGCCCGCGCUGCCAUGUGGAACCCCUCUGUGUUCCGGCGCCAGGGGCUGCUUCCUGUCCAGACCGUCAUGGAGGACUACCUGAAAUACGCGGUGCGGUACGACAACCACGCCUUCAACACAAAGUACUGCCUGUGUCAGAUGCUCCGGGACAAGGUGGAGUCAGAGAUGGGGAAGCGGGUCAAGACCGCCCAGACCCUCUCCGACAUCUGUGCAGCCUAUGGGAUGCAGGCGUACUACGAGGAGGUGCAGGUGCUGCUGCGGUCCAGAAGGGGGCUGCAUCCCCCCGAGACCCCCGUCACCCUAGGGGGCGUCACCACCAUGGCCCUGCGAUUUCACCGGAGAGACUACCCUCCUGAGAUCACCCCCAAGAUGUUCCUGCUGGAGUGGUGUCGUAAGGAGAAGCUGGAGCAGCCCCAUUACCACACGGUUGAUCGCCCCCAGGACAGACUCUUCCUGUCAACCGUUACCGUGGACAACAAGCAGUACAGGUCCACGCUGUGGGAGAAGUCUAAAAAGGGGGCGGAGCAGGCGGCGGCGCUGGUGUGUCUCCGUGUGCUGCGCCUCCCUGAGGGCCGGCGGGGGGAGGAGCAGCAGCAGGAGGAGAAGUCUGGUCUGGGGGGGAAGAGGAAGAGGGCUGUCGCCCCCCCGCUCCUCGCAGCAGCCCCCCCCCAGGAGGAGGAGCGGGAGGUCAACAAGAAGAUCCACCUGUCGGACCGGGAGGCAGAGACUGAGGUUACCAACGGCAACCACCACAAGACACACAUGCCCUAACAAGGGCUGUUCCCCACCUCCCUGAGUGUGGGGGUGGGGAGGGGGGUUACCAUGGGAAUGGCAGGAGUAUGAACCCACUGUCAACGCACAACUGCCAGUUGAAGUUGUGCGUUCAACGGCCUUCAUGGCGUUGUCGGAUGGAACUCGAGUGCCUCGCUCAAAAGCACCUGUUCACAGAUCAGUUGUUCCCUUUUUAUUUUUUUUUAUUUUGGUGACCUGUUGAGCCGCGGGUCCAGGUCGGGUCUGGUCUUGUCGGGUCCCGGGUCAGGUUCCUCUUUCUUUGUGUAAUGCGCCGCUCCGCCAGAGGAGGGCGGCAUCCGGUUACAACCUGGCUGUUCUGUUUGUUUCGUUAAACUUCCGUUAAAUUGUGAAAAAUAAAACUCGUUCAACACGUA